GCCUUUCUCAGAGCUCCUGGAUGACACCGCCCUGCUGGAUGCACUAGGACAGCUAAUUGGUGACCCGUUCCUGACCGAUAAAUAUGAAAUGAUGGAAGUGGACAACCCAAACUCACCUUCUCCCAUGAUCAAAGCAGAACAUAGCUACUCCCUGUGUGGAGAUUCUCGCCCUCAGUCCCCGUUCACCCAUGGCUCCUCUGAUGACAACUUCAGUGAUGGUGAUCUUGCUGGGGAGGAUUGGUGUCUUGGAGGACAGAUCACUUCCACCAAAAUAAAGAUGGAGGUUCCUAUGCAGGAAAACCCAGGUCUCGCCCCUUCGGUCACCUUGACGGCUAAUGCAAUGACCGCACCUCUUGAAGUAGAUGUAGUGCCACAGCUGCCUGAGUCAGACCAGAUGAAGCCUCUGAGUCCCAAAUCUCUGCCCCAAAUUAAGCUGGAGCCGCACGAAGUGGACCAAUUCCUCAACCUCUGUCCCAAAGAGCAGGCGUCAUCAGACACAUUGCAGCUGCCCCCUACUCCUCCCAGCAGCCAUGGGAGUGAUUCUGAAGGAGGCCAGAGCCCCAGCCGGUCCCUCCCACCCUCCAGUCCUGUCCAAUCACAGUCCGGGAGCAAAGUGACAGCUCGCAGCCCCUCAGCACUCUCGAAUUCCCCUCUUCUGACUGCUCCACAUAAGCUUCAAGGAACAGGACCCCUAAUCCUCACCGAGGAAGAGAAGAGGACCCUUAUAGCGGAGGGAUACCCCAUCCCCACCAAACUGCCCCUCUCUAAGGCUGAAGAAAAAGCUCUGAAGAAAAUCCGCCGGAAGAUUAAGAACAAGAUCUCAGCCCAGGAAAGUCGAAGAAAGAAAAAAGAAUACAUGGACAGCUUGGAAAAGAGGGUGGAAAAUUGUUCUUCAGAAAACAGCGAUUUGCGUAAGAAAGUGGAAGUUCUAGAAACGGCUAACAGGACCCUCUUGCAGCAGCUGCAGCGUCUCCAGGCCAUGGUAGCUGGCAAAGUUAACCGCUCAUACAAAGCAGCGAGCACCCAAACUGGUACCUGCCUUAUGGUGGUGGUUUUGUGCUUUGCCGUCAUAUUUGGAAGCUUCACACAGACCUUUGACCCCUACCCAUCAGCUACCAAGACAGUGCAGGAACCAAGCAGACAUUCAGCAUCAGAAUCAUAUGCAGCAUCAAUAGUGCGUUCUAGGAAUCUCCUGAUCUUCGAGGAGCAUCAUGGCUGGGAAGAACUGCACAGCUCUGCAGUGACUGUUGAUUCACAUGACGCCUGGGACAGGAGUGCAGAGAUCAUCUCUCAGCAUCACAAAGCAGCAAUAGAGGAGAUCAGCCGAUCCCAAGAGAAGUCUUACACCCUAUCCAAUGACAGCCGAGAUGGCAUAGUACGGCACAGGUAUACUUCGGAUUUCGGACAGAAUGAGACAAAAGUAAUAGAACUCGACAGGCGAGUGAAUGCUACUUCCUAA